AUGCUGAACUGCAGAAUAAAAAAAAAAAUUUUUUUUUUUUUCAGAGCAAUUCUUCCCUGUGUUUAUAAACUUUCCGAGUUUUCUGAGAUUACCAAUGAAUUCAACAGUGUUUACGAGCGUUUUUUGAAAGACUCCCAAUAUCAAACUGAUAGCUUCGCUGUGAUUGUUAACAAUGCGAUUAAUUCACAUAAAGUAUUUGAGUUGAAGAAUUUGCUUGUGAUGUCUCCAGACUGUUUUCACUUUUCCGAAAUUGGUAACGAUGCUUUAGCAAAGUUACUUUGGAAUAAUCUGAUGACGCCAGUUGAAUCUUCAACAAAUGUGCAGAAUUUUGAUCCAGUUCAGAAAAUUACUGUCAAAUGUCCAGAUAUGGUAACAGUUUCCUUUGUCAAUUAUUGUACAGUGAUAAGAAGACAAUAA